UGACUGUUUAAAAGGUCCAACAACCUAGUCACGCCUCAUCGGAGACGCCAAAGUCAGAAGUCGAAACAAAUAAAUUCCGAUGGGUUAUACAGGAACCAACGACGCCGGAGAUGCCGAAUCAACCCAUCUUCUGACCGAAACACCCUCAAACAACCCCAAAAUUCCUAAAGACAGCUUCCACUUAGCCUAUAUUAUCUACUUCACCCUCGGCACCGGCUAUCUCCUCCCAUGGAACGCAUUCAUCACCGCCGUUGAUUACUUCUCUUACCUCUACCCAGAAGUCUCCGUUGACCGAGUAUUCGCAAUUGCAUACAUGGUUAUUGGCCUGAUUUGCCUUCUUUUCAUUGUGGCAUUUGCUCAUAAAUCGAAUUCUUUCGUUAGGAUUAAUGUGGGUUUGGGUUUGUUUGUGGUGGCACUUCUUCUUGUGCCUAUAAUGGAUGUGGUGUAUGUUAAGGGAAGGCAAGGGGUUUAUGGUGGGUUCGUUGUGUCUGUUGGGGCGGUGGCGCUUUCGGGAAUUGCAGAUGCGUUGGUUCAAGGUGGGGUUAUUGGAUCUGCUGGGGAGUUGCCUGAUAGGUAUAUGCAGGCUGUAGUUGCUGGAACUGCUGCUUCAGGAGUACUUGUUUCAUUUUUAAGAAUCUUCACCAAAGGUGUAUAUUCUCAAGACACCAAUGGGCUGAGAAAAAGUGCUAAUCUUUACUUCAUUGUCAGCAUUGUUGUGAUGGUCAUAUGCAUUGUUUUCUACAAUGUGGCUCAUAGACUUCCAGUUAUAAAGUACUAUCAGGAUCUGAAAUCACAGGCCCUAAAUGAGGAGAGAGAGGAGAAAGGUGCCCUCACUGGAGCACAAUGGAGAGCAACCUUGUGGAACAUUGUUGGAACCGUGAAAUGGUAUGGGUUUGGGAUGCUCAUCAUCUAUGUUGUUACUUUGUGUAUAUUUCCUGGAUAUAUAACAGAGGACGUGCAUUCCCAGAUUCUCAAGGAUUGGUACCCGAUCCUUCUCAUUACAGGAUACAAUGUGUUUGAUCUGGUUGGCAAGUCUCUUACUCCAAUCUAUCUCCUUGAGAAUGCAAAGGUCGCAAUUGGGGCAUCUUUUGCAAGGUUGUUGUUCUUGCCCCUCUUCUAUGGUUGCUUGCAUGGUCCCCAAUUCCUCAGGACAGAAGUUCCGAUGACAGUUUUGACUUGUCUUUUGGGCCUUACCAAUGGCUAUCUGACCAGUGUUUUGAUGAUGUUGGCGCCCAAAUCUGUCUUGUUACUACACGCAGAGACUGCAGGGAUUGUGAUGGUAUUGUUCCUAGUUUGUGGCCUGGCAAUCGGUUCAGUUGUAUCUUGGUUUUGGGUCAUAUGAUUCAUCACUAAUUUAAUGGAUAUCAACUUCUUUGAGCCUACUGCAUUGUCAGAUUCCUCAGACUGAGAUUGCCCGUCCGUUGAAGUAACAAUUGGUGUUCUUAUAUUGUAAACCUUGUAAACUUUUCUUAAUUUUUAAUUUGAUUGCAACUGAAGCAUUGGUUCACUGAAACUGAAUCUAAAUUGUUAUCCUAUUGAACAACCUGGAGAAUGUAAAUUGCUGGCUACAGUUU